UCUUGAUUUAUCUCAGGGUCAUUUAGUUGUUAAAUCACUUCAUUAAUUUAGUUAAUUGGAACAUUAUUUCAUGUAAAUAUGGCACUUCAUAAAAACUGGAUGUCAAAUUACAUGAAAUUAUUCACAUUUUUACUAGCACUAGUUUACAUCUCAUAUUUAGUAAUGACUUUCACUGUUACUCAACACACAUGGAUUGGAAAAGAGUCAAUAGAGAGGCGACUCCCUGGCUUUAUCAUUAUUGGUAUACAGAAAUGUGGAACACAUGCUUUAGCAACAUUUCUACAGUUACAUCCUAAUCUUGUGAGGAGUUCGCGUGGAGAAAUCCAUUAUUUUGAUUCAAGAAUUCGUCAGCCACUUGAUUCCUAUCUUGAGAGUAUGCCUGAAGUUGCGCCACACCAAAUUACAUAUGAAAAGACUCCAGCUUAUUUUGAUUAUGCUGAUCCUGGUGAAAUAAAAGCUACAUUGCCUAAUGUGAAAAUUAUCGUGCAAAUGUGUGAUCCAGUGGAACGUGCAAUGUCGGCUUUUUUACAUCAUAAGCAACACUCCAAACAUCCUGUGAAUGCUACAUUUGAGAGCGUUGUAAUGACAAAAAAUGGCAAAAUCAAAAGGAACAGUGAUGAAAUCAUUCGUGGCAUCUACAUAAAUCACAUCCUUGGCUAUUACAAACACUUCCUGAGAGAAAACAUUCUGUUAUUGGAUUCAGCAGACUUAAAGGUCAAUCCAGCAUCUGUGUUACAAAAAGUUGAGAAAUUUCUUGAUAUUCCAUCAUAUUUUAAUAAUGGGUUAUUCUAUAUGAAUGACAUGUUCAACAUGAGCUGUGUUUGCCCCAAGUUUGUUCCAAAUGGGACAGAUCUAGGACCAAAUGGCUGUUUACCACGGAGGAAGUAUAGGAAACAUCCACCAAUGUCACCAAUACUUAGAAAUAAACUGAAAUAUUUUUAUGGACCGUUCAAUCGGAGACUUUGUGCAAUUUCUGGUGUGAACUUUUCCUGGGCAACUUACUAAUGAGUGAACUAAAGAAUAGAAUCACAUAACAGGAAACAGCCCGUAAUAAGGUCUUCAUUUGUACAUUGAGUACCACUCUUUCAGAGUAACUUUCAUCUUUAGAAAACUAAUUUUAAUGUUCUGUAUGUUAUAUGAUAUGAAUAAAAAUAUUCUAAAACUAGGCAGUGUUAUACAGCAAC